AUGGAGAGUGAUGUGUCCGUUACGGUUGCUAAAGUGGAUGGAGAACAAAUUCUUGGAGGACAAUUUGGUUCUAAGAGGAAACAUGCCAGAAGCAGCUUCAUCAGCAUAAUUGUCUGCUACCUCUUAGCAGAUUGGAUCGCCACAGUUUUCCUUGGAACUCUUGCCAACAACCUUGGGGACGAGAAUGGAGAAAAAGAAGAGGACAGGAACAAAAUGCUGCAGUCUCUGUGGGCACCCUUUUUGCUCUUGCAUCUCGGUGGCCCUGACACAAUAACUGCUUAUGCCUUAGAAGACAACACCUUAUGGCUAAGGCACUUGCUUAGCCUCCUUGUCCAAGCUUCGGUAGCAUUUUACAUCUUCCUAUUAUCUUGAAGCACUGGCGCUUUAUCUAUCAUCUCUGGGAUUGAAAAGUAUGUUGAGCGCACUUGGGUUCUGAGAUCAACUAGCUUUGACCAAUUUGAAGAUUCUCUAAUCUUAGCUCCAAUUUCGCAACCCCUGGAUUUGAAGCAUGUUCCACAUGAUUCUGAGCUUCAAUUCCUUCAUCGAGGGUAUUCCUUGUUUCCGAUGCUCAAGCGUCUCUAUGCAAGUCUAAGUAUUCGGUUCGCAGAAGGACAACCAAACUACUCAUUGAUGGUAAAGAAGAACGAAAAAGAUGAAAUUAUCGAUGUCCAACAACAAAGUUAUUGUGCUUUUAAGUUGGUUGAGGUCCAACUAUCAUUUCUUUAUGAUGUUUUGUAUACCAAGGCUCCUGGAAUUUAUUCUCUACCUGGCCUUGUCUUUCGAUCCAUCAGCAUCUUCUCUAUUGUGUCUGCUUUGGUAGCAUUUGUUGUCUUUGUUGACACUAAUCACUUGUCAACGGUUGAUGUUUGCAUAACAUAUGCCUUAUUUGUUGGUGCCGUUUCACUUGAGCUUUAUGCAUUUAUUUCGCUGAUUCUUUUGGAUUGGACUAUGCGAUAG